UAUUUUUUUAUGUAGUUAUUGCGUAUUUCGUCAAGGUAACUGAUCAAAUAAAACAAAAAUUUGUCAGGACAUCCGCAUCUAGGCGCCGUUUGGGGCGCCAUCGCUCUCUCUAACCGCGUCCAGUCACGCGAGAGUUGUCCUCAAACAAUCAUGUCGGCUCUCAAGAGAAAACGUGGAGGACGGUUACCCGGCGUAAAAAAGGCAAAGAAAGCCAAACAUGUUGCAGAAGGAGGCGAGUCACCCGCUGACAACCAACAGGAGAAGAAGGAUGAAAUCAACGUUCCACCACCGCCUGUUUCUAUGGGCAAAUGGAUCAACAAGGAAAGAGUUCUCAUCUUCUCUUCGAGAGGCAUUAACUUUCGAACCAGACACUUGAUGCAAGACCUAAGGAACUUGAUGCCACAUUCGAAAGCAGAUACCAAAAUGGACAGAAAAGACAAACUAUUUGUUAUUAACGAGGUGUGCGAGAUCAAAAACUGCAACAAGUGCCUCUUUUUUGAAGCCAAGAAGAAACAGGACCUCUAUAUGUGGAUAUCAAAUAGUCCCCAUGGCCCCUCUGCAAAGUUCCUGGUUCAAAAUAUUCAUACCCUGGCUGAACUCAAGAUGACAGGAAACUGCCUGAAAGGAUCCAGGCCACUUUUAUCCUUUGAUCCCACAUUUGACAAGGAAGCCCACUUUGCUUUACUGAAGGAGCUUUUCAUACAGACAUUUUCCACGCCGCGGUAUCAUCCUAAAAGCCAGCCCUUUGUGGACCACAUCAUCACCUUCACCAUUGCAGACAACAGGAUUUGGUUCAGGAACUACCAGAUCAUCGAGGAGGAUGCGGCGCUGGUGGAAAUCGGACCUCGCUUCGUCCUCAAUCUUAUAAAGAUUUUUCAGGGGAGCUUCGGGGGGCCCACGCUCUAUGAAAACACACUCUUCAAGUCACCCAAUAUGCACCGGCGUGAGCUCCGUCUGGCGGCAGCGGCCCGUGUCCGCGAGAGGCAGAUGGUGAAGGAGUCGCUAAAGGAAAAGAGGGCCCAAGUUAAGCCGGAGGUCAUCAGUGAUGUGACAGACAUUGUCUUUGACACGCCGGCGCCAGAAAAACCUGUGAUCAUCGAGACUGAAGCACCGGAGCCAAAAGAGAAAAAGAAGUCUCGCAAACCGUUCAAAAGGAACAGGAUGCAGAUGAGGCGUAGGUAACUGGAGGGAGUGAACAAUGACCGAGAAUAGAAAACACAUUUAUUCACUUCAUUUGUUUUUAUUAUGUGUGAAUGCAACAUAUUAAAGUUACUACUCAAGGUUUGGACA